AUGAUGGCCGUUUCUAUCGCGCAGCUAUCUUUUGAGCAUCAUCGCGAGGCGCUGGGAAUUGGCGAAUCGGAACCCCGCAUCUCUUGGAGAUUCGCUGGAAAUGCUUCCAACUGGGAACAGUCGAGCUAUGACCUCGAAGUAUCCAGACUUGGGAAAACAACCCAAUAUUCGACUAAGUCGUCCGACUCCAUCUUCGUUCCUUGGCCGGACAAGCCUCUUGGGUCUGUCGAUGCGGCCAGAGUCAGAGUUCGCGCCCACGCUGCUGGCCAGCCAUCGACACCAUGGUCCGAUUGGGUUGCAGCCGAAACAGGUCUUUUGAAGCCAGAAGAUUGGUCUGGUGCUGUACCAAUUGCCGCAGACCGCGAUUAUGACAUCAAUGCCCCGAAGCAACCGAUAUAUUUUCGAAAGGAAUUCCCGGCCGCCGCUGACGUCAAGUCUGCUAGACUCUACAUCACCGCGCUCGGUCUGUAUGAAGCAUAUAUCAAUGGUCAUCGCGUCGGAGAUGCUGUUCUCGCUCCUGGGUGGCAGUCGUACAACAAUCGGCACGUCUAUGACACAUACGACGUGACAAACAGUAUCAGGAAGGGACAAAAUGCGAUCGGCGUCACUGUCGGCGAGGGUUGGUUCAUGGGUCGUAUUGCUUUCGCCGGUCGCAACUUUUGGGGCAACAAUCUUGGGCUGCAAGUCCUAUUGACUGUUACUACCAAGGACGGAAAGACGACGUCAAUACCCACGGAUGAUUCCUGGUCAGCAAACACAGGACCUAUUCUGUCAUCGGAAAUCUAUGACGGCGAAACCUACGAUUCUCGACUGGAAGCAGACAUUGCUGGAUGGAAUGAACCCUCCUUCAAUAGUACAAGCAGCAGCAAAUGGGUCGGAGUCAAGAGUCUGCCGCCAGUCAAAGGACAGCUCAUGUCUCCUGAUGGUCCUCCGGUCCGAAAAGUCGAAGAAAGGCAGCUAGAAAAGGUCUUCAAAUCGCCGUCUGGUAAAACCCUCAUCGACUUUGGUCAGAAUCUGGUCGGAUGGCUGCACCUGAAUGUGGAAGGACCUGCUGGCACGAACAUUACUCUGCACCACGCAGAAGUGCUUGAGAAGGGAGAACUCGCCCUUGGUCCGCUGCGUACUGCCAAAGCCACAGAUACUGUGAUUCUUCACGGAAACGGUCCUCAAACUUGGGAGCCCAGCUUUACCUUCCACGGCUUUCGCUAUGCUCAAAUUGACGGGUGGCCAGAAGAAACGCCACUCGAUGCAAAGGCUGUCAAAGCCAUCGUUGUACACAGCGACCUGGAGCAGACGGGAUGGUUUCAAUGCUCCAAUGCGCUGCUCAACAAGUUCCACUCCAACGUAAUGUGGUCGACAAAGGGCAACUUUCUCUCCAUAUCAACGGACUGCCCACAGCGCGACGAGAGGCUCGGGUGGACCGGCGACGCACAUGCCUUUGGGCCGACGGCCAACUUUCUCUACAAUACUGGUGGCUUCUGGAGGGGCUGGCACCGUGACAUGUGGUCCGAGAUGAAGCGAGGGAAUUCGAUGAAAGUGCCGUUCUUCGUGCCGACCGUCCCACCCGACAGCGAUGAUCCUGGCGCCGCAGUGUGGUCAGAUGUGGCCGUCGGCGGUCCCUGGGAUCUCUUUCGGUUCUACGGCGACGUGGGCAUGCUGGCAGAGCAGUUUCCGCAAGGUCAAGCCUGGAUCGAUAGGGGGCUUCCUCGCAACGAGGCUGGGCUCUGGAAACGAGACGCGUUUCAGUUUGGCGACUGGCUCGACCCCAAGGCGCCGCCCGAAGACCCCGGUGCGGCCACGACGGCCAAGGCACUGGUUGCUGAUGCUUAUCUCAUCCGAAUGACUGAGCUGCUGGCCAACAUGUCCGGCGUGCUGGGCGACGCCGCGACCGAGAAGAGCUACCGCGCGCAGCACAGCGCGCUCCGCAAGCAGUUCGCUGCGGCCUGGAUUACAAAUGGCAGCAGCAUGGCCAACCGGACGCAGACGGCGUAUGCUCUGGCUCUGCACUUUGACCUGCUGCCUGCUAGUAGUGACGACGACGACGACGCGUCUACGAGUGGUAGUAAUAAUACUGCUCCUGCCACUUCUGGCGGCGGCGGCGGGAACCGUGCUGCAGCGGCAGCCACACUCCAGCAGAUCGUCGCAGAGAAUGAUUACCUCGUCGGCACAGGCUUCGCUGGCACGCCCGCACUGGGGCCCGCGCUGCAGGGCGCGGGCGCCACCGACGACUUUUACAGCAUGCUCCUCCAGACAAAAGUGCCGUCGUGGCUCUACCAGGUGGUCAUGAACGGCACCACGACGUGGGAGCGCUGGGACAGCAUGCUGCCCGACGGCACCAUCAACACGGGCACCAUGACGAGCUUCAACCACUACGCCUUUGGCGCCGUGGCGGACUGGAUCCAUGCCACCGUCGGCGGCCUGGCGCCGGCAGAGCCUGGGUGGAAGGUGGUUGCCGUGGAGCCCGUCCCAGGCGGAGGCAUCACCAGCGCCGACGCUCGCCUCGUGAGCCCGUACGGCGAGAUUAAAUCAAGCUGGUGGGUAGAUGCUGCGGGCUUUCAUCUAAAGCUGUCGUUGCCGCCCAACGCCAAGGCCAGCGUCAAGCUGCCCCGCGGCGCAGAUAGAACAGUGGUAGGAUCGGGAUUGCACGAGUUUCACGAAGACCACUAA